GGUACCGCUCCUGGCCUCCUUCAGACCUUCGAGGCUGCAGACUUGGUCAUCCAACCCGGAGUUUGUCCCUGAGGUCAGGGGCGGGAGAUAUAUUCGGGACAGGUCAGCAGUUCGAGCUUGCCCAGGACAGGACAAAGGUGGCUCAGGUGCCGUUGUCCCAGCAGGCGGCAUCUCGGUUCUCAGCCCUCGGGUCCACCCUGCGCGGUCCCCAGCUCCUCACGGGUUAACCCCCCUCGCCGCCCGCUCGCUUCCCGGUGCCAAAGUGGGUGUUGCUGGAAUUCCUCUCUCCCUCUCCCGUAAUGAGGGGGCUGAGCUGUCCCUCCGAGGAGGGGGCAUGGUGUGGAUAAAAGAGACGAAAAAACACGGAGAGGUUUCCAAAAAUAAAGCCCUCUGGUUCCCCUUCAGAAGGCUACAGCUACACGGAGAAGGCGCGAAGGUGUAGCCGCGGUGCGCGCCCAGCUGGAGACCCAGCGUGGACCCCAGGCGCAGGGCUUGCAGCCCCAGGCAGCUCCCGCCGUCCAGCCCUCAACCCGGGGAGAGCCUGGCCCCCAGUUCGACUCGGGGCCCCCUAAACGAGGAGAAGCGGGCCGCCAGGAGGGGACCCGAGCGCAGCCUGCGGGUCGCCUCGCGCACCAACUUCCACCCCCAACACUGUUCCCCACGCGCACUGCUCUCCAGAGGCCCCCAGAACCAUGAAGCCGCCGACCACCGCCGCCUACCCUGGGCGCGCCCUGCGGAACCCCUGGAGGAGCUUCCUGCCUCUCACCCUGGCUCUUUUCAUGGGUAUGGGUCAUGCUCAGAGGGAUCGGGUAGGAAGAUACGAGCCGGCUGGCAGGGACUUGAAUCGGCUGUGGCGCCCCGGGAGCAGCCACCCUGUAGCGGCUGCAGCCAAGGUGUACAGCCUGUUCCGGGAGCAGGACGCGCCCGUCCCGGGCUCACCGCCCGCGGAGCAGACCCAACCCGGCUGGGGGAGCCCCAGGAGGCCCGGCAAGGCGGAGGCCAGGAGACCGCCCCGCGCGCAGCAGCUGCGGCGAGUCCAGCCACCUGCGCAGACCUGGAGAAGCAGUCCGCUGGGCCAGCAGCAGCCUGCACCCCGGGCCCGGGCCGCCCCGGCUCUCCCGCGCCUCAGGACCCUGCAGCGAACCCGGGCUGCGCCCCCAACUCCGCCACGAGGGCGGCUCACGGGGAGGAACGUGUGUGGGGGACAGUGCUGCCCAGGGUGGACCACAGCAAACAGCACCAACCACUGUAUCAAACCUGUGUGCCAGCCGCCGUGCCAGAACAGGGGCUCCUGCAGCCGGCCCCAGCUCUGCGUGUGCCGCUCUGGCUUCCGUGGAGCCCGCUGUGAGGAAGUCAUCCCUGAGGAGGAAUUUGACCCCCAGAACUCCAGGCCAGCACCCCGACGCUCAGCGGAGGGUUCACCCAACUUGCGUAGGAGCAGCACAGCCAGAGAAAGCACCGCGGCCAGAACACAGCCACUGGCACCGCAGCUGCCACCGACCAGGACCCUGAGUGAGCUCAGCCAGACCCACACCUCCCAGCAAAGUGUGGGGCUGUCCCGGACUGUCCGACUUUACCCGGCCACCUCGGCCAGUGGCCAGCUGACUUCCAAUGCCCUGCCCGCAGGGCCAGGCCUUGAGCGGAGGGAUGGUACCCAGCAGGCAGCAUAUGUGGACCACCUGUCAUCCCCCUGGGGGCUGAACCUCACGGAGAAAAUCAAGAAGAUCAAGAUCGUCUUCACUCCUACUAUCUGCAAGCAGACCUGUGCCCAUGGGCACUGUGCCAACAGCUGUGAGCGUGGCGACACCACCACCCUGUACAGCCAGGGUGGUCACGGGCAUGACCCCAAGUCUGGCUUCCGCAUCUAUUUCUGCCAGAUCCCCUGCCUGAACGGAGGCCGCUGCAUCGGCAGGGACGAAUGCUGGUGCCCUGCCAACUCCACUGGGAAGUUCUGUCAUCUGCCCAUCCCAAAGCUGGCAAGGGAGCUUUCAGAGGGGGGCUCCCGCCACAGGGGCCCACUGGAGGGCCCCUUGAAGCAGUCCACCUUCACAUUGCCUCUUUCCAACCAGCUGGCCUCUGUGAACCCCUCCUUGGUGAAGGUGCACAUUCACCACCCGCCCGAGGCCUCCGUGCAGGUCCACCAGGUGGCACGCGUGCGGGGCGAGGCCGAGGAGGCCCCGGAGGAGAACAGUGUGGAGACCAGGCCCUCGCUGCACCUCCCUGUCAGCCCUGGCCACGGCUACUGGGACGGCAACAGCAUCCCCACUCAGCCUGGAGAGGCCCGGCGGCCGCUGCCCCCGGCAGCUCCCAGGCCUCGGGGGCUGCUGGGCCGAUGCUACCUGAGCGCUGUGAAUGGCCAGUGUGCCAACCCCCUGCUGGAGCUGACUACCCAAGAGGACUGCUGUGGCAGUGUGGGAGCCUUCUGGGGGGUGACCUUGUGUGCCCCGUGCCCGCCCAGACCAGCCUCCCCAGUGAUUGAAAAUGGUCAUCUGGAGUGUCCCCAGGGCUACAAGAGACUAAAUGUCACUCAUUGUCAAGAUAUCAAUGAGUGCCUGACCCUGGGCCUGUGUAAGGACUCGGAGUGCGUGAACACCAGGGGCAGCUACCUGUGCACCUGCAGGCCUGGCCUCAUGCUGGAUCCAUCGAGGAGCCGCUGUGUGUCGGACAAGGCCGUGUCCAUGCAGCAGGGGCUGUGCUACAGGUCACUGGGGCCCGGCAUCUGUGCCCUGCCUUUGGCCCAGAGGAUCACCAAGCAGAUAUGCUGCUGCAGCCGAGUGGGCAAAGCAUGGGGCAGCAAGUGUGAGAAAUGCCCCCUGCCUGGCACAGAGGCCUUCAGGGAAAUCUGCCCUGCUGGCCAUGGCUACACCUAUUCAAGCUCAGACAUCCGCCUGACGGUGAGGAAAGCCGAGGAGGAGGAACUGGCCAGGCCCUUAUGGGAGCAAGGACAGAAGAGCAAUGGGACCCUGCCUGAGACAGCAGAGAGGCAGCCACUCCGGGCAGCCACUGGCACUUGGCUGGAGGCUGGAACCACCCCUGACAAGGGUGACUCUCAGGCUGGCCAGGUCACAACCAGUGUUACCCAAGUACCUGCCUGGGUCCCAGGAGAUGCCACAGGACAACCAUCACCUCCACUACCUGGACGGGGGAUUACAGAGACCCAGGAAACAGAGCAACUGACCACCCCCACCAAUGUGCUGGUGACCUUGGGUUCCCCAGAUAUUGACAGAUGUGCCUCUGGAGCCAAUAACAUCUGUGGCCCUGGAACCUGUGUGAGCCUCCCAGAUGGAUACAGAUGCAUCUGCAACCCCGGCUACCGGCUGCACCCCAGUCAGGCCUACUGCAUGGAUGACAACGAGUGUCUGAGGGAUCCCUGCGCAGGAAGAGGGCGUUGUGUCAACAGCAUGGGCUCCUACUCCUGCCUCUGCUACCCUGGCUACACGCCAGCCACCUCCGGGACCACGCCGGAAUGCCAAGACAUAGACGAGUGUGAGCAGCCAGAAGCAUGCCACAAGGGGCGGUGCACCAACACAGAGGGCUCCUACCACUGCCGAUGUGACCAGGGCUACAUCAUGGUCAGGAAGGGACACUGCCAGGAUAUUGACGAAUGCCGUCACCCUGGCACCUGCCCUGACGGGAAAUGCGUCAACUCCCCCGGAUCCUACACUUGUCUGGCCUGUGAGGAGGGUUACAGGGGCCAGAGCGGGAGCUGUGUAGAUGUGAAUGAGUGUCUGACCCCUGGGGUCUGUGCCCAUGGAAGGUGCAUCAACCUGGAGGGCUCCUUUAGAUGCUCUUGUGAGCGGGGCUACGAGGUCACCUCAGAUGAGAAGGGCUGCCAAGAUGUCAACGAAUGUUCCAGCCGGUCCUCGUGCCCCACGGGCCUUUGCCUCAACACUGAGGGCUCCUUUGCCUGCUCAGCCUGCGAAAGUGGGUACUGGGUGAAUGAAGACGGCACUGCCUGUGAAGACCUAGACGAGUGUGCCUUUCCGGGAGUCUGCCCUUCAGGAGUCUGCACCAACACUGCUGGCUCCUUCUCCUGCAGGGACUGCGACCAGGGCUACCGGCCCAGCCCCCUGGGCCACACCUGUGAAGAUGUGGAUGAGUGUGAAGACCUCCAGAGCAGCUGCCUGGGAGGCGAGUGCAAAAACAUGGCUGGCUCCUACCAGUGCCUCUGCCCCCGGGGUUUCCAGCUGGUCAAUGGCACCGUGUGUGAGGAUGUGGACGAGUGUGUGGGAGACGAGUACUGCGCACCCCAUGGCGAGUGCCUCAACAGCCAGGGGUCCUUCUUCUGUCUCUGCGCGCCGGGCUUUGCCAGCGCAGAGGGAGGCACCAGCUGCCUGGAUGUGGACGAGUGUGCAGUCAAAGACCGGUGUUUGGGAGGGAGCUGUGUCAACACUGAGGGCUCCUUCAACUGUCUGUGUGAAACUGGCUUCCAGCCCUCCCCAGAGAGUGGGGAGUGUGUGGAUAUUGACGAGUGUGAGGACUACGGAGCACCCGUGUGUGGGGCCUGGAGGUGUGAGAACAGCCCUGGCUCCUACCGCUGUGUUCUGGGCUGCCCGCCUGGCUUCCACAUGGCCCCGACUGGAGACUGCAUUGACAUAGACGAGUGUGCCAAUGACACUGUGUGUGGGAGCCAUGGCUUCUGCGACAACACCGAGGGCUCCUUCCGCUGCCUCUGUGACCAGGGCUUCGAGACCUCAUCCUCCGGCUGGGAGUGCGUUGACGUGAACGAGUGUGAGCUCAUGCUGGCGGUGUGUGGGGCGGCACUCUGUGAAAACGUGGAGGGCUCUUUCCUGUGCCUCUGUGCCAGCGACCUGGAGGAGUACGACACUCAGGAGGGGCACUGCCGCCCGCGGGUGGCUGGAGGUCAGAGUAUCCCUGCGGCCUCCCCAAAGGACCACCUCUCAGGCCCCAUCCGCAUGGAAUGCUAUUCUGGACGCAAGGGCCAGCCGCCCUGCUCUAGCCUUCUGGGUCGGAAUACCACGAAGGCUGAAUGCUGCUGCACCCAGGGUGCCAGCUGGGGAGAGGCCUGUGACGUCUGCCCGGCCGAGGACUCAGUCGAAUUCAGUGAGAUCUGCCCCAGUGGAAAAGGCUACAUCCCUGUGGAAGGGGCCUGGAUGUUUGGACAGACCACAUACACAGAUGCGGAUGAGUGUGUGAUGUUCGGGCCUGGUCUCUGCCAGAACGGCCGGUGCCUCAAUACGGUGCCUGGCUACAUCUGCCUGUGCAAUCCUGGCUACCACUAUGAUGCCACCCGCAGGAAGUGUGAGGAUCACGACGAGUGCCAGGACAUGGCCUGUGAGAAUGGCGAGUGUGUGAACACAGAAGGCUCUUUCCAUUGCUUUUGUAGCCCACCCCUCACCCUGGACCUCAGUCACCAGCGCUGCGUAAAUAGCACCAACGGCAUGGAGGACCUACCUGACCACGACAUCCACAUGGACAUCUGCUGGAAAAAAGUCACCAAUUAUGUGUGCAGCCAACCCCUGCACGGGCGCCGCACCACCUACACAGAAUGCUGCUGCCAGGAUGGCGAGGCCUGGAGCCAGCAGUGUGCUCUGUGCCCCCCCAGGAACUCUGAGGUUUAUGCUCAGCUGUGCAACGUGGCCCGGAUUGAAGCGGAGCGGGAGGCCGGGGUCCACUUCCGGCCAGGCUAUGAGUACGGCCCAGGGCCCGAUGACCUGCACUACAGCCUCUACGGCCCAGACGGGGCCCCCUUCUACAACUACCUGGGCCCUGAGGAUGCCAUCCCCGAGCCGCCCUUUCACAACACUGCCAGCCACCCCGGGGACCGUACACCAGUCCUUGAGGCUCCCCUGCAGCCCUCAGAACUCCAACCGUACUAUGUGGCCAGCCAUCCAGAACACCAGGCCGGCUUCGAAGGGCUUCAGGCAGAGGAGUGUGGCAUCCUGAAUGGCUGUGAGAAUGGCCGCUGUGUGCGCGUGCAGGAGGGCUACACCUGUGACUGCUUUGAGGGCUUCCAGCUGGACAUGGCCCAAAUGGCCUGUGUGGAUGUCAAUGAGUGUGAGGACUUGAACGGGCCUGCUGCACUCUGCGCCCACGGUCACUGCGAGAACACCGAGGGCUCCUACCGCUGCCACUGCUCCCCAGGUUAUGUGGCCGAGGCAGGCCCCCCACACUGCACCGCCAAGGAGUAGCAGUGAGGAGUCAGUGUGGGCAGCUACCUGGAAAUUGGCCUCAGGCAGGGGCCUUGAGGACGCUUUCCUAGCUGGGGAGACAUCAGGCGGGAGGCCCUGCAGCCCCACACCCAGCCAGCCCUGCCUCCAUCUCUCCAGCUUCGGUGCUGGCGGUGAGCUUCUGUCACAGCCUCCGUGCCACCACGCCCUCGCUCGGCUCAACCACCACCAAAUGCUUUAAUGCUUCAGCCACUGGCCGUGAGGCCCAGUUUGCCAUCUGUCCUGGCCUUGCUAUGGGAUGCGUACCAAAGGAUGGCCCUCAUCCCCCCGAACCCUCUCAAGCUGUACAAACAUGCGAGGUCCUUCGGCCUCACACUACAGACACCCUUUUCCAGCCACGAUGAUCA